GGAUGGGGCUCUCUCGGUGAUUCGCUUAGGAGGCCGUUGCUGGCUGAGCUGUGAACUCGGCUUGCUUGGCUGGCGAGUCCAGGCAGUUGCAGCUUAGCCCGCAGUUCGUGGCUUCGAGGACGCGCCUGCGAUGCCUCUGAGUUUCCGUGGGGCAGCUUAGCAGCCGGGGGUGGCAGAGAAGCUUGAUGGAAGCGAUGUCCCUGCAACAGGAUCACCUCGGGCAACGGGGCAAGGGCGCUCUUCCUCGCUGACUGGAGGCUCCCGGCUCUCCGCAGCCUCCCACGACAAAAAGGGCGCCUUCGCUGGACCCGAGGAAAAGGGAGGGAGGGAGGGAGAGUGAGCGCGCGCGAGAGAGAAACAGCGAGAGAGCGCGCGACUGCAACGGGGCAGGGAGAAAGCGGCAGUAGCGAGGGAGAGAAAGAGGAGAAAAAACAGCGCGUGAGAGAGCGACUGCAACCGGGACAGGGAGGAAACAGCAGAGAGAGAAGAGAGAAGAAAAAACAGCGAGAGAGAGGCAGAGAGAGAGCGACUGCAGCCGGGAGAGAGAGAGAAAACAACUGUAGUGCUUUGGAUUUGGACAAAAAGAUAGCAGAAUUACUGGCUGAUUACAGUGAAAGGCUGAAUUCACAUCAGGUAUAGGUGGUACCUACGAAGUUUCUGCUCUGCGUUCCUGAAGAGGAUGGAGGAUAUUCUGAGGCGAGAGCUUGGCACCUCAGUGCUGAGGACCACAGGGCACUCGGGGAGUGGUUGCAUCAGUCACGGCGAGAGCUUUCACACAGACCACGGCCGCGUCUAUGUGAAAAUUAACUCCCGCGCUGAAGCCAGAAGAAUGUUUGAUGGAGAAAUGGCAAGUUUAACAGCUAUCUUGGAAACACAGACAGUGAAAGUUCCUAAACCUAUAAAAGUUAUUGAUGUGCCAGAGGGUGGAGCUAUGUUUGUUAUGGAGCAUUUGGACAUGAAAAGUUUGAACAGGCAUGCAGAAAAACUUGGAAUACAGCUGGCAGAUCUUCAUCUUCACAACCAAAAACUUCAGGAGAAAUUGAAGAAAAAUGCAAGCACCGUUGGUAAAGUUGAAGAGACAGAUGUUCAGGUUGUAGAAAGGUUUGGGUUCCAUACGGUCACUUGUUGUGGUUAUCUUCCACAGGUGAAUGAUUGGCAACAGGACUGGGUGACUUUCUUUGCCAGACAGAGAAUUCAGCCUCAGAUGGACAUGAUUGAAAAUAAUUCAGGAGACAGGGAGGCAAGAGAGCUUUGGGCACAGCUACAGCUGAAGAUACCCAGUUUGUUUGGUGAUAUGGAGAUAGUUCCAGCUCUUCUACAUGGGGACCUUUGGGGAGGAAAUGUAGCUGAGGAUAAUUCUGGCCCUAUUAUCUUUGAUCCGGCAUCUUUCUACGGUCACUCUGAGUAUGAGUUAGCAAUUGCAGGGAUGUUUGGUGGCUUUGGUGGUUCUUUUUAUUCUGCCUACCACAAUAAAAUCCCCAAAGCACCAGGUUUUGAGAAACGGCUUAAGUUGUACCAACUGUUCCACUACAUGAACCACUGGAAUCACUUUGGAGGAGGGUACCGAGGCUCCUCUAUAAAUAUAAUGAGAAACCUGGUGAAAUGACUUUCUACAGUAGAGUUUUAUCUCUCUAUUAAAAAAUACACUUCCUGUUAUCUCAGCUGCAUUGCUUUACAUCUGUUACAGUAGAUGCUGUCCAUGCAUCUUCUUCCCCUUUCUGUGUCUCAGGUUUGGUGAUGCCUUAUUGCAGUUGAUCAAAGAAAUGAUCAAGGAGCUAACUGAACUUAUAUGGAAGAGGCUGUUUUAGUGUUGCUGAAAAUGUCUUAGCAUGCUAGACUGGAGAAAAUUAUCUCUUGUGCAAGUAGUUUGAUCUACUCAAAACAGCUCUUAAAAUGAAGCAGCAAAACCCUAAUUGUAUUACUAGUGUGGCGAUGGUAGCACCACUCUCCUCUUCUGCCUUCCCUUUGCCCUCCACCCUGGAGCCUCCUCAGAGUCACUCUUCUCAGAAGAGGGGCGGGUUUGUAGGCACCCAAACCCUCCUCUUCAUAGGUCCCCCUCUGUGGUCUCCCAUACUACCCAUGGACCAGCCUCAGAGUCUCUCAAAGUUGGUUCUCCUCUCUGGCCAUCCUCAGAGUUCAACUUUUUAUUCCCCUUCCCUUGGUCCCACUUGUGCUCAGCCUUGUCCCUCAACCAUCCCAGCUACCCAUUGGUUCCCUCCACCCAUGCUUCUCCCUCUUCCCAUCUCAUUCAGGCUCUUCCCUUCCGGCUUGGCACUGGGGAGGGUGGUGUUGUGCAUCCGUUCCCCUCCUGACCCUUCACUGUGGCCACAGCUGUUUGGGCUGGUUCCGCCCAUCUUUGGGCAGCUGGGGAGGGUGUUGUUGAUCUUCUAUUGGUGAGAUCGCCUAUCAGGCAGCUGCUUUGCUGGCCUUGUCACAUCCUGCCCCAUCUGCCACAUUGUCUGCUGCUCCUGGCUUGCUGCUGGUUUCCACCCUCUCUGUGGCUUGUAUCAGGGCUCAGCAGUCUUUCUCCCUCUGUCCUGGGGGACGGGGGUAUGGGGGUUUUUGACUGCUGGGCUGGCCGGGUGAGUGCCUAGAGUCGGGGCUCACUGGGAGCAGGUCCCAACAAUUAGCUAUGUCUAAGCAGACUCCUUACCAGGAAUUGCCUCAUUCACCGUUCCCCUCAUAACAAUACAAGUGAUUUACAUUCUGGGGAUUAAUCUUGUAAUUAUUCUUGACUGAAUUACUCUCAAUCUUGCACUUCUAUGGCAGACAACAAAAGAAUGUAGCAGCCCUUUUACAUUUCAUUAGAAAAACAUCUCAAUGGGAUUUAAUCCUGAGUGAGUACAGGAUGGAACCUAAGCAAAUAUUCUUAAGUAUGGGUUUACAAUUUCACUCCUGCAGCAGUUGGACUUGGUCUGUAUCUUUUUGCAUGUACUACAAUUUGGCCACUAGGCCAGUGCGUUUAUAUUUAAGGCUGCAAGCAACAGAAGGGUGUGAGGAAAUGUUAUAAAGAAAGGCCAGUUUCAAACAAAGUCUGUAAUACAAAGGUAAUUUAUCCACUCAAGAGUGGGUGUGGACCAUGUUCUACAGUUGAUAGGUAGGGCAAAGUGGGAUUAAACAAAAUGUAAAUUUAGAAAGUGCAGGAUGAAACAUGGUAAGCAGAUCUAAGAAAGUUAUAAAGCUGAAUUAACAUAGGCGUGGACAUGCAGGAUAUUAGCACCUCUAGUGUGUAAAAAACAUUUUGGAUUACUGGUAUUAGAUUGCAAUAACAUAUUUGGGAAAAUGUGUACUAAAAAAAGGCUAUGCUAUAAAUAAGUUUAGAACACACAUGAUUAAGAAAAGCAACGAGAGAAGCAGUUUUGUUCUUUCAAGUGUUGGUUUCUUCAUCCUCUAACACUAGGUAGGUGAAAAGCCAUGAUUCUUAGAAUGCAUGCUUAUGCAGAAUUCAAAAUGCUUUCCACUGGUUACAUUACAGCACUUCCUGAAAGUUUUGAAUGUUGGGAAAACAGUAUGAGUUAUAAACUACAUUUAUAAACUUCA